AACAUUUCACACUAGAAUGUGAUGUGAGUAGGAGAAUAUGGAAUAUUCUAUACUCCAAUUUAAACGUAUCAGAAAACAUACACCCUCCAAGCUCAUUAGAAGAGAUAUUACAAGUUAAUAACGUAAUGAACAGAAGAAUAAAAUCUACAGUAAAAUGGUUAAAUAUUUUUGGUGUGUAUGAAAUAUGGAUGUACUAUACGCAGGCUAAGUGGGGUUCUUCAUCAAUCCCAGAACCGGCCAUAUCUUUCAUUACUAAAAAUAGACUAAAAAAGGCUCUCUGCGCGCUUAGAAUAACAG